AUGAGAGUAGAGAAGCUUCUGGAAAAGGAGCACUCAAAGAGGAACUGGGGCUCUGUGCCCACCCUUUCUCCCAACAGCGAGCCCACGCAGUGCACCAUGCUGUACUCACGCCAGGGGACCACUGAGACCAUUGAGGAGGUGGAGGCUGAGCAGGAGGAGGAGGCAGGGAGCACAGUGCCUGAGCCCAGGGAGGCCAAGGAGUACGAGGCCGCCGGGUACGAUGUGGGAGCCAUGGGUGCUGAAGAGGCCAGCCUCACCCCAGAGGAAGAGCUGACACAGUUCUCCACCUUGGAUGGGGACGUGGAGGCCCCACCCUCCUACAGCAAGGCUGUGAGCUUCAAGCAUGUGUCCUUCGGCUCGCAGGACAACUCUGCAGGCAAGAACCACAUGGCAGUAAGCCCGGACGACAGCCGCACCGACAAGCUGGGGUCCAGCAUCUUACCUCCCUUGACGCACGAGCUGACGGCCAGCGAGCUGCUGCUGAACAAGAUGUUUCACGAUGAUGAGCUUGAAGAGUCAGAAAAAUUCUACAUGGGACAGCCCCGAUUUCUGCUGCUCUUCUAUGCCAUGUACAAUACCCUGGUGGCCCGCUCGGAGAUGGUGUGCUACUUCGUGAUCAUCCUCAAUCACAUGGUCUCUGCCUCCAUGAUCACGCUCCUGCUUCCCAUCCUCAUCUUCCUCUGGGCCAUGCUGUCCGUCCCCAGGCCCAGCCGCCGAUUCUGGAUGAUGGCCAUUGUCUAUACCGAGGUGGCAAUUGUAGUCAAAUAUUUCUUCCAAUUUGGGUUCUUUCCCUGGAAUAAGAACGCGGAGGUGAACAAAGAUAAACCGUACCACCCCCCAAACAUCAUAGGAGUGGAGAAGAAGGAAGGUUAUGUCCUUUAUGACCUCAUCCAGCUCCUAGCUCUGUUCUUUCAUCGAUCAAUUUUGAAGUGCCACAGCUUAUGGGAUGAAGAUGACAUGACGGAAAGUGGCAUGGACAAGGAGGGAUCAGAUGAUGAGCUCUCCCUCGGUCAUGGCAGGAGGGACUCCUCGGAUUCUCUCAAGUCCAUCAACCUGGCCGCGUCCGUGGAGUCAGUGUAUGUGACCUUCCCGGAGCAGCAGACAGCUGUCCGGAGGAAGCGCUCCAGCAGCAACUCCGAGCCAUCCCAGAGAUCCAGCUUUUCUUCAAACAGAUCCCAGAGAGGCAGCCCAAGCACCCGAAACAGCAGUCAAAAAGGAAGCAACGUUUUGAGUAUUAAGCAAAAAAGCAAAAGGGAACUUUAUAUGGAAAAUCUUCAAGAACAUUUAAUCAAAGCAAAGGCCUUCACCGUAAAGAAGACGCUGCAGAUCUACGUGCCCAUCAAACAGUUCUUUUACAACCUCAUCCACCCGGACUAUAGCGCCGUGACUGACGUGUAUGUGCUCAUGUUCCUGGCUGACACUGUGGACUUCAUCAUCAUUGUCUUCGGCUUUUGGGCCUUUGGGAAACACUCAGCAGCUGUGGACAUCACCUCUUCACUGUCGGAGGACCAGGUCCCAGGGCCGUUUUUGGUGAUGGUCCUCAUUCAGUUUGGAACCAUGGUGGUGGACCGAGCCCUCUACCUCAGGAAGACUGUACUGGGAAAGGUCAUCUUCCAGGUCAUCCUUGUGUUCGGAAUUCACUUCUGGAUGUUCUUCAUCUUACCCGGUGUGACAGAGAGGAAAUUCAGCCAGAACCUGGUUGCCCAGCUUUGGUACUUCGUGAAGUGCGUUUACUUCGGGUUGUCUGCUUACCAGAUCUGUUGCGGCUGCCCAACGCGAGUCCUGGGGAACUUCCUCACCAAGAGCUACAAUUACGUCAACCUCUUCUUAUUCCAAGGGUUUCGCCUCGUGCCCUUUUUGACUGAGCUGAGGGCAGUGAUGGACUGGGUGUGGACAGACACGACCUUGAGCCUGUCCAGCUGGAUCUGUGUGGAGGACAUCUAUGCCCACAUAUUCAUCCUGAAGUGUUGGUGGGAGUCGGAGAAGAGAUACCCUCAGCCGUGGGGCCAGAAGAAGAAGAAAGUGGUGAAGUACGGCAUGGGAGGGAUGAUCAUCGUCCUCUUCAUCUGCAUUGCCUGGUUUCCUCUUCUCUUCAUGUCUCUGAUCAAAUCUGUGGCUGGGGUCAUCAAGCAGCCCCUGGACGUCUCCGUCACAAUUACCCUGGGAGGGUAUCAGCCUAUUUUCACAAUGAGUGCCCAACAAAGCCAGUUGAAAGUUAUGGACCAGCAGAACUUUAAUAAAUUUAUGCAAGCUUUUUCUAGGGACACUGGUGCUAUACAAUUUCUAGAAAAUUAUGAAAAAGAAGACAUAACAGUAACAGAACUGGAAGGAAACUCAAAUUCUUUGUGGACCAUCAGCCCACCCAGUAAGCAGAAAAUGAUACACGAACUCCUGGACCCCAAUAGUAGCUUCUCUGUUGUUUUUUCAUGGAGUAUUCAGAGAAACUUAAGUCUGGGUGCAAAAUCGGAAAUAGCAACAGAUAAGCUUUCUUUUCCUCUUAAAAAUAUUACUCGAAAGAAUAUCGCUAAAAUGAUUGCAGGCAACAGCACAGAAGGUUCAAAAACACCAGUGACCAUAGAAAAGAUUUAUCCGUAUUAUGUGAAAGCACCUAGUGAUUCUAACUCAAAACCUAUAAAGCAACUUUUAUCUGAAAAUAAUUUCAUAGAUAUUACCAUCAUUUUGUCCAGAGACAAUACAACUAAAUAUAACAGUGAGUGGUGGGUUCUCAACCUGACUGGAAACAGAAUAUACAAUCUGAACUCUCAGGCCCUGGAACUGGUGGUCUUCAAUGACAAAGUCAGUCCCCCAAGUCUGGGGUUCCUGGCUGGCUAUGGUAUUAUGCGAUUAUAUACUUCCGUUGUGCUUGUGAUUGGGAAAUUUGUCCGAGAAUUCUUCAGUGGGAUUUCUCACUCCAUCAUGUUUGAAGAGCUUCCAAAUGUGGAUUGAAUUUUGAAGUUGUGCACAGAUAUUUUUUUAGUUCGAGAGACAGGAGAACUGGAACUAGAAGAAGAUCUCUAUGCCAUAUUAAUAUUCCUGUAUCGCUCACCAGAGACAAUGAUCAAAUGGACUAGAGAGAAAACAAAUUGA